GAGCCAGCUGGCGGCGACGCCAGGUUACAGGCACAACGAAUGACUUUCAGUCCUGCAUGACUCCUUGUCGUCGUUCGGUCUUAACCUUUAUUCUCAAUAAUUUAUUUCGGAAGCGGACAACCUUACAAUGCCACUGGAAAAUUUGGAAGAAGAGGGAUUAGAAAAGAAUCCAAAUCUUGAACUUGCUCAGACUAAGUUUUUACUUAGUCUUCCGGAAUACAAGGAUGAUCCAGUUCUGAAGACGAAGCUUCUUGAUGCCAUCAAAGCCGAGAACAUGGCACCAUUCUACGAAGAGGUCUGCAGAGAUUUGUCAUGGCCAAUAGACGAGUCCCUUUUGUCGAAGAUGAAGGCACGUAAUCAGGAGCAGUUGAAAGAACUUGAUGAUAUAAUUGAAGAUGCGGAAAAAAAUUUAGGAGAAAUGGAGGUUCGCGAAGCAAAUCUUAAAAAGUCAGAACACCUUUGUCGCAUCGGAGAUAAAGAAGGAGCAAUAACAGCAUUCAGAAAGACUUAUGACAAAACAGUUUCGCUGGGACAUAGACUGGACAUUGUUUUUCAUAAUAUUCGGAUUGGUUUAUUUUACAUGGACCAUGACCACAUAACAAGGAACAUUGACAAAGCUAAGAGUCUUAUCGAGGAAGGAGGAGACUGGGAUAGACGAAAUCGUUUAAAAGUGUACCAAGGAACGUACUGUAUAGCGGUUCGCGACUUCAAAGAGGCAGCCAAUUUUUUCCUGGAUACUAUCAGUACCUUUACAAGUUACGAACUUAUGGAUUACAAUACUUUUGUAAGAUAUACAGUAUAUUUGAGUACGAUCAGUUUACCACGAAACGAGCUGCGCGAUAAAAUUAUUAAAGGUUCAGAAAUUUUGGAAGUUCUUCACACCAAUCCAGAUGUGAAGGAUUAUUUGUUCUCAUUGUACAAUUGCCACUAUGCAGAGUUUUUUAAGAAUCUUGCACACGUGGAGGGCUUAUUGCGCAGAGAUUACUUGGUACAUCCACAUUAUCGCUACUAUGUCAGGGAGAUGCGAAUUUUGGCUUAUACUCAGCUUCUUGAAUCUUAUCGGUCCUUAACACUCCAAUAUAUGGCAGAGGCUUUUGGCGUGACAGUAGAUUAUGUAGAUCAGGAACUUUCUCGAUUCAUCGCAGCAGGUCGGUUGCAUUGUAAGGUCGAUCGUGUGGGUGGUGUAGUCGAGACCAAUCGGCCAGACAGCAAGAAUUGGCAGUAUCAGGCGAUGGUGAAGCAGGGAGACUUGCUACUCAAUAGGGUUCAGAAAUUAUCUCGCGUUAUUAAUAUAUAAAUGAGCUACAUAAGUACAUAAUCGGGCAGCGUUAUUAUAACGCGGAUGAUGGUAGACAUGCGUGGCAAUUGGUAAGUGCAUGGCAUCGAAAGCGAAAGAUUCGUGUGCCCAGACUACGAUCAAAUUCGAGGUUGCUAAAAAUUGGAAUCUCGGAAGAUUGUGUCUACCAAAGAUGUUGGGUUCAUCAAAUGUAUGUCGAUUUGUAAUUUUCUUAAAACUCAGUAUAUCAUCCGAAUUACAUGCAAUAAUUGUUUUGAAUUUUUUUCUAAUCUCUUAGAUUGUUCCUUAAUUGUAUGAAUAAUAUACUCAGACAUAGUGUGCCAGCCUGAAAAAGUUCAGGCGUACACAGUAAAAAAUCA